AUGGCAACAGAGGACCAAUCAGUGUUCUGCUUUCCACAACUCAUCAACAUCUCCUGCAGGAAGCCCACAUUUCAUUGGUCUGAAGGUGUUCUUUUGACUGUUCUGCUGUCCUUCAUCUGCAUCUUCACCGUGGUUCUCAACCUGCUGGUCAUCAUCUCAAUCUCCCACUUCAGGCAGCUCCACACUCCCACCAACCUCCUCCUCCUCUCGCUCGCUGUAACUGACUUUCUGGUGGGCCUCCUGGUGUGGCCUGGUGAGAUCUACUCGAGAGCAUCCUGCUGGACUAUUGGUGAUUUCCUGUGCUUCUUUUAUAAGUACAUGUCCUUUUUAGUCACAUUUGUCUCAGUUGUUAACAUGGUGCUGAUAUCAGCUGACCGUUAUGUUGCUAUUUGUGAUCCCCUGCAUUAUAAAACCAAAGUUACUGUGAAAAGAGUUCAACUUUGGGUUUGUCUCUGUUGGAUCUUGGCUCUCUUCCUGUGUAGCAUCAUUUUGAAGGAUCAGCUAGCUCAUCCUGGCAAGUAUACAUCAUGCCAUGGAGAGUGUGUUGUUGGUAUGGACUUUGAAGGAGGGAUUCUUGACCUUGUUACGACCUUCCUCCUUCCUCUCAGCAUCAUCAUCACUCUGUACAUGAGAGUGUUUGUGGUUGCUGUGUCUCAGGCCCGAGCCAUGCGCUCUCAUGUUACGUCAAUCAAACUACAACAUUCAGUCGUUGGAAGAGCAAAGAAAUCAGAGUUGAAGGCAGCCAGGACUCUUGGUGUUCUUGUUCUUGUCUUCCUUAUGUGUUUCUGUCCAUAUUACAUUGUCAUUCUGGCAGGUGAUAACAAAACAGUCUCUUCAUUUGCUGAUUAUGUUGUUUAUUUAUUUUCCUUCAACUCCUGUUUAAACCCAUUGCUAUAUGCCUUGUUUUAUCCGUGGUUUAGAAGAGCUGUUAGACACAUUGUCACAUUGCAUAUACUGCAGCCUGGCUCCAGCACGCACAAUGUGCUGUAG